AUGCCUGCACUUGAAGCCAGCGCUAUAGUUGGGAUUGUCGGUGUAGGACUGGCAGUUGGCCAGACUCGGCCUGCUUACACCGAUUUCAAGACCAACAGGGUCCUAGCGGAAGGUCAAGACGCUAGGACUACCGGCUUGAAGAAGAUCCACCAGCACAUGCACCUUAUAAAAGAGAAAGAUAUCAUUCGGUUAUUAAAUGUUCACGACCGGCUGGAUACCCGGCACUACAAUCUUCUGCAGGACUACGGUUAUUAUAGCUUAAUCGGCUGGUGGAAAGCUGGCUCGCUGCGCGACGAGUCUAUUGCAUGGAAGGUCGAUGCUUUAAGAACAUCUGAUAUAUCCUUGAAACAUAAUAUGGGUGGAGAGGGCAAAGCAAGUGGCUCUCUGCAGAGUUCGGAAUUCCAGUUGAGGGAUAAUGCUUCUGAGGCUGGCCCUUCCAUUCCAAUGAAUAUUUUGAGUUCUGCAAGUCCAGCGGAUGUAGCUUCCACGGUUGUUAACGCGGGGGCGUGA